AUGGAUUGGUCGUUUCUAUUACAACUACUAGUAACACUAUUGGUAAUUCUACUAGGUGCCAACUGGUUGUUAAGCUCUUUCCUACUGGAUUUUAAGAGAGAUUUGACGGCGGUGGCCUUGGCCCAGCAAUCCAGCAUAUCCAGUGUUCGUAACGAGAAUGAAACAGCAUACUAUAGAAGUAUUCUAGUGCCUACUGGAUUCCCCUUGACUACAGGAUUAGGGCUCUCUUUGAAGUAUAAGAUAAGAAAUGGUAACUUUGGGGAUGUUUGGAAUGCGAUAAUGGAAAUUUCCAAGGGAAAAAAUACUAUUCGGUUGAUAGGGGACGAUAAAAGACAUUCAUUGGGUGAACUCAAUGGCAUGGCCAAACGCCUAUUUCGGAAACUUUCUGCUGAUAGCUAUAAGAAUAUUGGUAUUUCUAAUUCCAUUGCCACUGUAGAAGGGUUUACUCUCGCUCUGGCUUCUAUGAUGACCACUAUAAAGACAGGUUCCAUACCUCAUUUUUUGCCAGCAGUUCCUAGGCAGCGAGUGGAGGAUCUUGACGUUCUGGUCAUCGAUUCAUGGAGAUCUUUCAAGAUGUUAAACGGCAGCGAGAGUUGGUACAAGCUGAUCAUUGUCUGUGAUGACCCUAAAAAGGCACCACAACUUGGUACGAAAAAUGAUAAUGUUGUUACUUGGAAAGGACUUGUAGACGGCUUUGUUUACGAUUCGGAGUUCCGCUAUACGCCGCAAGAUGACAACUCCGAUGAUAAGAAACUUUUUGCAUACGUAACUUCCCCGUGGAAUGGAACCAAUAGCUUCAAUCAGAUCUGUCUAGUGAGUAACAUUGCGGAAUUCAUCAAAAGCUUCCCCUUGAAUAAUGAAUUGACUAGCAGUGAACAUUUAUCAAUUUCAGCAAAACUAGCAAGCUCCAGCGCAAGCUUACAAAUAUGGGGGAAGCUUUUUGCUGUCUUAUUACAUGGUGGAUCUGCAUCAUUUACUAAGCAAGCAACUUUGGAUUGCAAGUCAGUUCAAGAAUCUACACUAUUAUUUAUUGAAACGGAACAGAUCAUUAAAUUAAUGAACUCUACUUCAAAAAGCGGUUUGCUGCAUAAAAUUUACUUAUCCUGGGCCACCAAUUUGCUGAGCGAAGGCAUCUUUACUAAAAUCGCCGAAGUCGAGCCAAAUUCUCUUAAAAAAUUAAGAUGUGUUUAUUUAGCAGAUUAUGUGAAAGAUGCUGAGGUUAUCUCAACGUUUUCGGAAAAGAUUCCUCAAUUGAAGAAGAUUAAUCAAAGAACCACCCCAAGCACUGAGCAAUUGAAUAAAUUAAGGGCACAGUUGGGAUCCCGUGUGGUUCUAGAGUUAUACUGUCCAUACCUUAUCAUGGGGCCCGUAGCACAUACGAAUUUUUAUGAUUAUAGAGUUUUUGAGAAAUCAGUGGAUGAUAGCGUUGUUUGUUAUGGACCAUUGGGCACGACUCUAGAGGGUAAAAUGGUGGAAACGGAAACAAACCCACUUUUGAACGUAGAGAAAAGACAGGGUAUGUUGUGUAUUCGUGGCUUUAACAUAGGAAAACCAACAGACCCAGAUCGUUUAAAACAAGCCAUGAAUUUAGCCGAGAAAUUUGGAGGAGGUGAAGGCUGGAUGCCUCUGGUUAACGUGUUUGGAUUAUGGGGCCAGGAUGGUUGCCUAUACACCUAUAACCAGUAA